AUGUCAAGAAGCAAUGUCUUGUCUACGGACGAAGCCAUUGAGAAUCUCAUUUCCACUUUCAACGAACUCAACAGCAACAGUAUUGAUGAGCUCCACGAUGAACCAAGUCCCCUAGAAUUCAUGCGAUAUGUUGCUCGCAACACACCAUUCGUGAUAAGGGGCGGGGCUUCAUCAUGGAAAGCCUGUCAGGACUGGAACUCUGCGUAUCUGCUUUCUGUGAUGAAAGGGCAGAAUGUGAAUGUUGCUGUCACGCCAUAUGGGUUAGUUCCCUCUGCUGGAUAUGAGCAACGAAAGGAGCCGUUCGCUGACUCUGAUGACAGCAAUGCUGAUAUGCCUACCGUGCCACCUGGUGAAGAAUCAAUGGUCUUUGCAAAGCCUCACUAUGAGGAUCAACCCUUUGAAGAGCUACUUGAGUAUGUAGCACGUCAAGGCGCAGAUCCUGACUUUCCUCCUGAUGCCGAAGUGCGAUAUGCCCAAACUCGUAAGUUAUCCUAUUUCUCUCCCGGAGCCUUUACUGAUUGUCCUCGAGAAAAUGACAACCUGCGCGAAGAGUACAUCUCUCUCUUCUCAGACGUACAAAAGGACAUCCCUUUUGCAAGGAUAGCACUAGACAAGUGCCCCGAUGCCGUGAACCUAUGGAUCGGUAACUCUAAAUCCGUUACAGCUAUGCACAAAGACAAUUACGAAAACAUUUAUGUACAGAUUCUGGGACGAAAGCACUUCGUUCUACUGCCUUCUUUAUGCCACCCCUGCGUCAACGAGCAACCUCUCAAGGCCGCAACGUACACGCGCGGAGAGAAUGGCAUGGAAUUAAAGAUUGAUGAUACUUAUGAUGAGGCUGUUCCUUUCGCAAUUUGGGAUCCGGAUAGGCCUGAGCAAAAUGCUACAAAGUUCUCCCAUCUUGCCCAGCCUUUACGAGUAACAUUGAACCCCGGAGAUAUGCUUUAUCUUCCCGCUAUGUGGUACGUCAUUUCACAAACCUCUUUUUUCCACUAUUCAUCAAUUACUAAAAUCGGUUAG